GGAGCCGGAAGUGCUGUGGCCGCUGCCGCGCGACGCAGCGCCACGUGUGGAGUCCUGCUGCGAGAGCGUCGCGGGUGAGACAACGCGGGGUCCACGACGGCUGUGCGCAGGCGGGAGUCGCCCCGGCGAGCCCUGCGCUGUCCCUCCAGCCUCACGUGGCCGCCCCAGCCCUCUGCCACCCUGGCCUGGCCCCCUUCCGCGUCCGCACUGGCUGAGCCGCUGUUGCAGUUUACGGCCAGGUCCCUGGCACUUGCCAGACUAAAAGCACUAUGAGUUUCGUGGCGUAUGAGGAGCUGAUCAAGGAAGGUGACACGGCCAUCUUGUCAUUGGGCCAUGGUGCAAUGGUGGCAGUGCGUGUGCAGUGUGGGGCACAGACCCAGACCCGGCAUGGCGUUCUGCGGCAUUCAGUUGACCUCAUUGGCCGCCCCUUUGGCUCCAAAGUGACCUGUGGCCGCGGUGGCUGGGUGUAUGUGCUACACCCUACACCUGAGCUGUGGACGCUGAACCUGCCUCACCGGACGCAGAUCCUGUACUCCACCGACAUCGCACUGCUCACCAUGAUGCUGGAGCUUCGGCCCGGCUCUGUGGUCUGCGAGUCUGGCACCGGCAGCGGCUCCGUGUCCCACGCCAUUAUCCGCACCAUUGCUCCCACGGGCCACCUGCACACGGUGGAGUUCCACCAGCAGCGGGCAGAGAAGGCUCGGGAGGAGUUCCAGGAGCACCGCGUGGGGCGCUGGGUAACGGUGCACACCCAGGACGUGUGCCGCAGCGGCUUCGGCGUGAGCCACGAGGCCGACGCCGUCUUCCUGGACAUCCCGUCGCCUUGGGAGGCUGUGGGCCAUGCCUGGAAUGCCCUCAAGGUCGAAGGUGGGCGCUUCUGCUCCUUCUCGCCAUGCAUCGAGCAGGUGCAGCGCACGUGCCAGGCGCUGGCGGCCUGUGGCUUCACGGAGCUGAGUACACUGGAGGUGCUGCCGCAGGUGUACAACGUACGCACCGUCAGCCUGCCCCUGCCAGACCUGGGAGCUGGCACAGCGCCCCCUGCCAGCCCUGACGCCAGCCCCUUUCGCAGCGGCACGCCCAUGAAGGAGGCUGUGGGCCACACUGGCUACCUGACCUUCGCCACCAAGACCCCUGGCUAGUGGCUGCUGCCUGGGAGCACCAGCGAGCUGGGAGCACUGUGGGGCCCAGGCAGGGAGGCCAGAGACCACCUUAUAUGGUCAGUGGCCGCCUGCUGGGGCCUGCGGCUUAGAAACAGAUGGUAGGGCGGGGCUGGGGCCUCCUGGGUGUCUGAGUGGUGGAGGAGCAUCAUCCUGUCCUCCCGCCUGCGCCUGCGUCCCUGCCAAGCUCAGCGGCCUGGUCCGCGCUGCUGUUUGUUGCCAACAUGAAGUCUGCACUGCCACAGGCUCCCCUGGGUGUUGAGGCCAGGGAGGCGGUCCGAGCUCCUCCCCAGGUGGCCCAAGCAGGAAGGGGGUGGAGGAGGGACAGAGAUCCUGCUACAUCUGACCCCAGGGCCCUGGCUGCCCCCAGUGUCUGGGCCAAGGCUCCAGUGCUGGUGGUCCCGGGGUGUGGCCGGAAGCUGGGGUGGAGCUGACCUUAGAGCCCUGCCCUUCCCCUCUGUUCUCCCCAGUGCUUCUGGGGACCAGGGGCUGUGACCCAGCUCUCUUGCCUCCAGGCUGACCCCAUAGCGUUGGCCACAGCCCAGGCCUAGUGUGUUCCCUCCUGUCCAACAAGCAGCGGGCAGCCCCUGCCUGGCCAAGCCCCUUGACGUGUCGUCAGUGAGAUCAUAUGUCACACAGAGGAACAGAGCAGGACAGUCAUUUGCUGAGCGACCCAGCAAGUCUGUGUUGGAGCUGGGGUUUGGACUAGCCUGUGAGUCCCAGACCUACACAGGCCCCCCUGCCUCUCACAGGAGCCCCGGCCCUGGACGACCCAGACAGACAGCAGUGCGGGUGGGAGAGGGGAUGUAUCUAGCCCAGCUCCCAGGGACUGUACCUUGGUCGCUACCAUGGAAGGCAGAGGGGGUGUUUCCUGAGGGGAGGACACAGAGGGGCUGCUUAGGCUGGGGGCACUUGUCACUUGCUCUGCUGUGUGGCCCUGGGCCUGGCCUCCCUCUGGUGUGUAGGGGUAUCAUGGGAGGGCCAUGUCAGGCCAUGAGGCUGCCCGGCAGCUGUCCCUGGUGCGGCCUGGGUGUCUGCCCAGACAGCCACAGCUGUUGGGAGCCUCAGUUUCCCCUGUGCUGGGGAGGGAGCCCCGGCAGCUCCCGUGUGGGCAUGGGGCUGGCCCUCGAGUAUGCCUGACGACAGUAAACAUGCUCUUCCCACCAUGCUGCCUCGUCCCUCUGCUGCUGAGAAGCCCCCAGCUGCAGUCCAGGCCAGCCCUCCUGCACCUGGUCCCCCUGGCCCUGCCUGUUCCUCUCCUUGACCUAGAGGGGCGCCACAGGGGCCUCAGCCUCCGUACCACGGCCUGGGACUCCGUGGACAAAGGGCAAGUGUGUGGCCACCCCAUCCGGCUAUAUGAAGGGCCACUUGUCCAGGGGGUGAGGCAUCCAAGGGUGCUGGGCCUUCCUCCACAGCCCUGGCACUCCAGGUCUUCCUGUGUCCCCUGAGAGUCCCUUAGGGUCCCUACAACGACUAGCCCUGCUCCAGGGGCUUGUUUCCUCCUAGGACCUGGCCUGACCUCUAACCUCAUGCUUAGCCCAGGGACAGAGGAGGGUCCCCAGGCCAGGCUCGACAUGAAAAUGGUGACACCAAUACCAGGAGCUCCUGGUGGGUCAGGGCUGUGCCCAGGGCACCGUAAACCGGGUGGCCACAUGUCCCUGCGUCAGUGGGCUCCCCCCAAGCCUGCCCUGCUUUGGCCGCUUGGCCUUAAGGGAAGGCCUUUGGGUUGUUUGACAGGUGAGGACCAGAUGUUUCUUUGGGGCCCAGCUCUCCCUGGUUUUCAGAACACACGCCUUGGAGACUACAGGGCCCAGGUUGUGCCCAUUUUCCAGAUGGGGCUGAGGCUGGCCACACAGGUGGGCUGUGCUGCCGGGCCCCACACGUGGGCCCCCAUGGCUUUCCAAGCCCUCCAGGCCCAGCUCGCCUCACCCAACUCCAUGAGCCAGAUGCGAACUCUGUGUCCUUCAAGACCCCACUCAAAUGUCCCUUCCUCAGCAUGCUUUCCCAGACCUCAUUGCCCGGGUAGGAGCAUCUCCACUCCUACAUGGCCUGGAAGCCCCGCAGCAGAGCAGUGGACGCCAGGCAGUGCCCCAGUUCUGCAGAUGGGGGGCUGACUCGCGGAGCAGCAGGGCUGGGGCCAAUCAGCAGGUCGGUGGUGGUCACCUUGAGUCAGUAGCAUGGGGCAGAGAUUCACCGGGAAACCCCUGCCCCACGUCACUGGCCUCUGGCCCUGUUUUUCCUUGGGCAGGGGCACAGCUGACUCCCUGCAAGGCCCUGGUUUUCCUGCUGCAAGGUCCCAGGCCUGACUACAGCCACCUCCCCCAGAAGCUCCCCAGGCUUGCUCCCUUCCUCCCCCACCCCUGUGAGCUGCUUCUGGGCCUCACCCUCUCCUGCCUCUGAGGGCCCCAGCCCCCCAGCCAGUAGCACCUGGAGGGCAGGGGUUCUGGGUGGGUGGUAUUAGGGAGGGCUGCCAGGGCAUUCAGCCCAUUGUACAGGUGGGGAAACUGAGGCCUGAAGGCAAUGAGGCUUGCUGGGACAGCAGCCAUAAAUGUCCCCCAGACUGACCGCAGAGGCCAGAGGGGGAGGUUUACUGGUGCAGUUGUGGAAGGCUCCUCAGGGGACACUCGUGCAGGGUGGGGGUAGAGAAGCGUGAGCAACCGUGCGAGCGGGAAAGGACGGCCCGAGAGAAUGGGGUGGAAGGCUCCACAGAGGCAGAGGGCGCCUGUGUUCGCAAGGCUGGGACCCUGUGUCCCACUGCCCAGCCUGAGGGUGUCCCCAGGGAGGGGUCUUGCUCCAAGUCCCGGCUGUGAUGCCCUCGAAGGGAGUGUGUGCAGGGGGCUGGCUGACUGAUCCCUGGACUCCACGUUCGCCCCCUGCAAGGUGGAGGCGUCACACAGCAGAAGGGGCCUGAGCACCUACUGUGUGCGGACCCCACUCCUGGGUGACCCAUUCAGGCAGCCCAAGCCUGCCCUUGGGGCUCCUAGGGGCCAGGCACAGAUGUGGGCGCAGUGCGGAUGAGGUGUGGACAGCCAGAGGGACGGGUCGGACCCCUGUGCUGCCGGCCGGCGGGGUUGGGGGCCUUUCUGCCCCUGCGGGCGCUGCGCUCCGCUCAUUUCCCAGACAUUGGAGCAGAGCUGCUGGAGAGACCGGCUCAGAACCGGGGUCUGUUGGCCCUGGCUGGCUGCGGAGUGGGGGGGUCUCUGCGCAGGGGGUCAGUGGUCGCGGGAAGUGGGGCUGUGGGGCCGGCCUGCUGCUCCUGCCUGGAGGGUGGCCUCGCCCGCCCAGCGUGCCCUCCACAUGUCGAGUCUCUGCCCAGGGGAGCCCGUGUGGCCCAGCCUGGCGCCCGAGACAAGGGCGUUUCAAAGUCAGGCUGCCUCGGCGGCGAUGGCGGUGGCGGGAGGGAAUAACGCGGCUCCCACCAGGCUGAGAAUAGCUCAGAAUUGGGUCAUGCUCGCCGCGCGCCGCGGUCACAGCCUCCAGCCUUUGACAAUAAUCAGCUUUCUCCCCGACAUCUGUCCCUGCAGAGAGGGGCUGGCCGGCCCGGGUUUUUGCAGGGAGCAAAGUCCCCCUGGGCUGGGGGAGGGGCAUCCUUCCCCCACCCCUGCACUGGCGCCUGCACCCUCUCCUGGCUUCCGUUGCUCCCCCUGCUCCGUGCCAGUGCCAGGCCACCUCCUUCCUGCUGCCCAACCCCUCCUCCCCGGGCCCUGCCAGCCUCCUGCCCCUGGCAGGUGGGGACAAGGCGAGGCUCGGGUCAGCUGGGGGCGGUGGGCUGGGCGCUCUGGCCAGUCCUGCCCUCUUCUCGUGAGAGUCGGUGUCCCACACACUGCCCAGAGUGACCUCUUCUGACCCCUCCAGCCCCUCCUGGGCUCUUCUUCCAUUUAACACAGACAAAGGGGCACUGGGGGGUGGGCCGCCCCCUUUCACCAAGGACUCGAGGGCCCAUGUCUCUCCGGACCUAGAGCUUAAGCCUGUUCCUUGUUUCCCACCCAGUUUUUCCUGAGUCCUGCCCUCCUCCUCCCAGAGUAGCUUUGAGAGGACAGAGGAGGUGAGUGAUGUCACAGGCCCUUGGAACCCACAUCCAUGUUGCCACCUGGGUACACUGCCACCGGGUGGUGCAUUAGAUGCCAAACCCAUCCAGGUAACAGCAUAGCAGGUGUUUCCUGCACAGGGGGCCUGGCGUGCCUGUUUCGUGCCAGGCAUACUGUGUUUGGUUCUUAAUCUUUACAGACCCACAAGGCAUUUCUGUUCCAGGUGACACCAUUUCUAAGCUUUAGCCACGGGUAUGUUCUUGAAAUGCCCAUGAAGUUGAGGUUCUCAGAACGUCCCUGGACUGGCUGCUCAGCGUCACCCAGGAGCGCAGUGGACAUGCAGAUUCUUGGCCUCACCCCAGACCUACUGAGGCAGGAACUGUGGGGCAGGCCCGGCCAUCCAUCUUCAACAGACCCGCCAGGAGUUCAGACGCUCAUGUUGGAGAAUCCCUGCUGGAGGAACCUGGAAUCUCUCAAACUUCUUUGCUUUCUUUUAAAAACAAACAGACUUUGCUAACUUAUGCAGCAACUCUGUGGAAGCCUCCUGCACUCUGCGCAGCUUCUCAAGCCGAGCUGUCCAUUAGAGCUUCAUCUCGCCUUGGUUUGGCUGGAAUGUUUGCUCAGUCCCCACAUCCUUCCUGUGAGUCACUGUCUCUCCUGGGGCUUCCAGAGAGAGACACGGGACAGCAGUGGAGCACUGUGUGCAGACCUUGUUGAGUCCUGAUUUGCACAGACCAAAUGGUUUAUUUUACAAAAUGGGACAAUUGGGAAAUUUGAA